AUGACUGCCAAUCCUGCCCCUGAAAAUGAAGUCGCUACAGCGGACGUGGUCGAGGCCACUAUAAUCCAAGGUCAAGAAUCGGUAGAGACGUCCCGGUAUCUGAAGCUCCCAAGUGUGAUCUUGAUAUCAUUUGUAAUCUGCCUGGCCACCUUUUGCGUAUCAAUCGACAAUACAAUCAUUUCGACCGCCGUGCCCCGGAUUUCCAAGAGUUUUGACAGCAUUGACGAUAUCGACUGGUAUGCCUCCAAGUAUGUUUUCUUAGCAGCCUUGCUCAUUUUCGAGAUUGGGAGUGUGAUUUGUGCGACUGCACCGAGUUCCCAUGCUUUCAUUGGGGGACGGGCAUUACCAGGCCUCGGGUCGGCUGGCAUACAAGCUGGCACCACCCUCAUUCUUGCGGAGAGUGUGCCACUACACCAACGACCGAUAUGGAAUAGCAUCAUCGGCAGUAUGUUUGCAGUUGGCAGUGUAGCUGGACCGUUGCUGGUAGGAACCCUUUCGGAUUCAACAACAUGGCAGUGGUGUUUCUAUAUCAAUAUUCCUAUCGGAGGCGCAGCCAUGAUCUUCAUCCUAUUUCUCUAUACAGGAAGUCCCGGUACCGACAAAUCUCCCAGGCCGAUCGGGCUCCGCGGCCAUAUCGAGAGCUUCGACUUGGCUGGGACCUGCGUUUUUGUGGUAGCAACAGUCUGUCUUCUCUUAGCACUAUCACGGGGCGGCACCACAUAUGCAUGGGGCAAGGCCCGUAUCGUCGCCUUGCUAACUAUCACGGGUGCUUUGUUCUGCUCGUUCUACGGCAUCGAACGCUGGAAAAAGGAUAACGCUAUUGUUCCUGUACGCUUACUCCAUACGCGAAGUAUAGGCGCAGCCAUCAUAUUUGGUAUCUGCCUCGGAGGCGUGUUCUUUCUGGUCAACGGUGUCUCCGCCGUUGAAUCUGCGAUCAUAUUUAUCCCAUUUAGGCUCAGUGUUGUCGGUGGAUUCAUGUUCGCUGGCUUUGGGACCGCUGCAACGGGAUACUACACACCAUUCGUCUACGCCGGCUCAAUAUUCAUGUCGAUCGGCACUGGACUGCUUACAACCGUUCAGCCCCAUUUAACCUCGCGGGCUAAAUGGAUCGGAUUCCAGAUUUUGUGUAGAGCGGGAAUCGGCUUCGAAGAGGAACAAGCAAUCUACAUAGUGCAGACAACCCUCCCCGAAAAGGAUGUGGCGAUCAGCGUUGGCAUCGUCUUCUUUGCACAAACAUUCGGUGGGGCCCUCUUUGUGUCAGUGGCGCAGACUGUUUUCCUAAGAAAUAUCAGCAAAGCACUGAAAACGAUCGCCCUGAACCUGGACCCUCGGGGAGUUCUUAAUGGAGCAUCCGCAGGCUCGGCUCUGACUACACCAGAAGUACAGGCAGUGUACGCCCCAGCAAUAAAGGAUGCUCUCCGGGUUGGUAUGGUGUUAGCAACUAUCUCGAGUCUAGGUGCCGUGCUGUAUGAUUGGAAAAGUUUAAAGGCGAAGAAUGAUGAUGAUGGAACCAAUGGACCUAUCAGGGAAUACAGGGCAGAGCAGGAGGCACAGGUUCCAACAGAGGAAAAGAAGGAGUAA